AGUCAGAAUAUUGUAACUUCUUAAUCUUCUUCUGGAAAUUGAAAGUUGGAAUUCAAAAUAUUUUAGGUGGAAAUUUUUUAGUAUCUCACACGACUCAAAACAAUGUUAACCUCGGCCAACUGUAUCUUAGUUAUCUUAUUGUAAUAUGCUAGCCUGAGCUUAAAAGCCUUUUUGGUGAAAAUUUUUCGUUGGACGACUAAGAAUAAUUUCAACCCAUGGCUGAUGUAGACCAAUAGAGUCGUUCUAAAGCUAUUUUGGUUCACCAAAUUUGUUUUACAUAAAGUAUUGAUUAUUUGUUCAAUAUGGCGGAUGAUUUGAAUGAAAAAAAGAGAAGACGUAAAGACAAAAUAGAGAGAAAACAUAAAAAAGCAAGAACAUGCUCAAAAAAGGCGCCUGGUUACAAUGUGGAGAUAUUUAGGGAAACAGAUUAUUAUAUAAAGAACGGUUUAAGAUUUGUGAAGCCGUAUUUCUUUACGUUUUCUACACACUGCAAAGGACGUUGGCUUCAACGAAAACUUCACGACGUUAUGUCUCAAGAAUUUCAGUCAGAAACAGCAGAAUAUUACAAGAAAGCAAUUGAAAUUGGAAAUAUUACAGUUAAUGGAAAUCAAGUAAACAAAGAUUUCAUCCUUCAAAAUAAUGAUUUAAUCCAGCACAAAGUUCACAGACAUGAGCCUCCUGUUACAAGUGAAAAAAUUCAAAUCAUUUCACAAAAGGAUGACAUCAUUGUUGUUAAUAAACCAUCUUCAAUUCCUAUCCAUCCAUGUGGUCGUUAUCGUCAUAAUUCGUUGGUUUUCUUACUUGGACGAGAGUUUGGUUUUGUGAAUCUCUACACAAUUCACCGGAUAGAUAGAUUAACAUCUGGGAUUGUUAUUUUUUCCAAGACAUUGACUAAAGCUCAAGAACUAGAAAGGCAAUUACGUGAGCACGAAUUAAAGAAAGAAUAUUUAUGUAAAGUUAAGGGAGAAUUUCCAAGUGACGUUAUAAGAUGUGAAGAACCCAUUGUUGUAGUUUCCCAUAAAGUUGGUGUUUGUCGAGUACAUAAAGAGGGAAAACCUUGUACAACUGUCUUUAAACGUCAACAUUAUGAUGGAAAAAACAGUAUCGUAAAAUGUGAACCACUCACAGGACGAAUGCAUCAGAUUCGCGUUCAUCUUCAAUGGCUUGGCUUUCCUAUUGUGGAUGAUCCGUUGUAUAAUCACGUGGCUUGGGGGGAUGAUAGGGGUAAGGGUGGGGUAGAAGAUGAGAACGUCUGGAAGGUUAUUGACUCCAUUGCUACUGCUCUCCGCGAUAAUGACGUCACUCAGAUAAUUCACUCAAAUGUUGACUCAAAGAGAAUUACAAAAGGAAAUGGGAUAGAUAGUAACACGAUGGCGUCAAAGGAGGACAUAAACGUGACGGACACGAUGACGUCAAAGGAGGACAUAAACGUGACGGACACGAUGACGUCAAAGGAGGACAUAAACGUGACGGACACGAUGACGUCAAAGGAGGACAUAAAUGUGACGGACAGGAACAUGAAGACGUCAAAGAGGCUAAUUUUACCAAUAAACUUAUUGUGUUGGAUGAAAGCAAAUCCCUUGAUUAAACUUACAGAAAAUCUUAUAAAAGCACAGAAUGAACACAAACGUAUAGAUGAAAGAAAGGAGUUAGAAAAUCCAACUGCAAUGAUUGAAGAUGAAAAAAUUCCUGGAUGUACUGAAUGUCAAAUAAACAGAGCAAAUCCUAAACCAUGGGAAUUAACCAUGUGUCUUCAUGCAGCUGUUUAUAAGGGACCAGACUGGGAAUACAGAGCUCCUUGGCCAAAAUGGGCAUUAUGGAAAGAAAGCAAUACAUAAAAGUGUGAUGUCUUUGUGUUGUUGUGUCAUAAACAUAAACUCACAUCUCAGUUUUAUUAUGAUUAAAUGAUUAACAACAUCAUAAGUCUGUCAAUUAAACAACUGUGAGUGCAGUCAUAAAUCAGUUGUUGACUUUGAUUUAAGUUUCUUUGAUGAUCGUUCUGCAGACCUCACACGUAGAUGAUUGCCAUACAGUGUACAUAAAUAUCCCCCAACAUCCACAGUAAACACACUGUUGAUUUUAGGAAGUGCUAAAGAAAUUCAUAUCCAUUAGAUGUGUUAGUGAAUAAAUAACAAAGUAAAAAUAACAUUGGUCAACAUACUCUUUAA